AUGAGUUUCCAGGCUUUUGUAACAGCUGAUACCUUUGUACCUUUAAAUUCCGAAUCUUCAGCUACUUUUCCCCUUAGGAUGCAUCACAGCACUGCGGAAUAUCUGCCUGUCAGCAAUCACACGACUAAUGUGGUUUCCACAGUCCCGUCUGUUUUGUCUUUGGUCCAAAUUCCUAAAUUCUCCCAUAUAUACUUCUCUGUGCCUAAUAUGGAACAUACACCAGCAGGGCUGCAUUAUGCAAACCCAUCAUGCCACUAUGGAAACCAACAAUCUGCCUAUGGGGUGAUGACAGGGAGUCUGCCACCAUGUCUCAUGAGCGCUAGCUCUUGCACAUUGGGUCAUGGUUUUGCCCCAAUUCAUCAGACUCUCCUGGGAGAGGAGGUCACCACCUCAGAUUUUAAGCAGGAGUUUAGAAGAAAGAGUAAACCCAUCGAGGAACCUAUUGAUAUGGACUCCCCAGAGAUCCGAGAACUGGAAAAGUUUGCUAAUGAAUUCAAAGUGAGAAGAAUUAAACUGGGUUAUACUCAGACAAAUGUUGGGGAAGCUCUUGCUGCUGUACAUGGUUCAGAAUUCAGCCAGACAACCAUUUGCCGCUUUGAAAACUUACAGCUGAGUUUUAAGAAUGCCUGCAAAUUAAAAUCAAUCUUGUCAAAAUGGCUGGAAGAAGCAGAGCAAGUUGGAGCAUUGUACAAUGAAAAAAUUGGAGGAAAUGAACGUAAAAGAAAACGCAGAACAACUAUAAGCAUAGCUGCAAAAGAAGCUCUGGAAUCAAAUUUUGGAGAACAAAGCAAACCAUCAUCCCAAGAGAUCAUGAGGAUGGCUGAAGCUCUCAAUCUGGAGAAGGAGGUUGUCCGAGUCUGGUUCUGCAAUAGAAGACAGAGAGAAAAGAGAGUGAAAACCAGUCUUCAUCAGAAUAGCUUCAGCACCUUCACAAAAGAGCAUCAUGAGUGUAGAUGA